AUGCACCUACGUCCAUCAUCCCAUCUCUACUCUGACCCUAGCACACCCAGUUCCCAAACGUCCAGCUCUCCAUCAACAGCACUCACCACGCCUUCCCCAGCAGCACUCUCACGCGUCCUUGUUCCCUCUGGUUUAGGCGAUGUAAGGGUCCCCGUGGAGAGAAUCGACCCCGUGCUCGCGACGAGAAUGGUGAUGGUCACCCUGGAGAGCGUGCUGUACGUCAAGUCGCAAGUACCAAUGUCUGUGCAACAGAUGAACUUCCUCGGGGAAGCGGGAAAGAACGCGCGAGCGGUCAAGAAGCGCGUCGAGUUGCUGCAAACACUUGACGUCCUCUCGUCUCACAUGACAACAACCUUCAUCCAGCUUUCCACCGCAUUAGCAAGAUGCAGCACCCACCUGACCCAGGGAGAGACAGGAAGAACACACGUGUUGAUCACGCUCGGUCCGCCGUCAGGUGGGAGCAAGGAACGCGUGCUCCUCGAGUUGGAGGGAGUGGAGAUCAGGGACUGGGAGCAGAAAGAACCUGAGAGUGAGGAUGAAGAACAGACAAAUGAGGAGAUGGAAGAUGAAAUCGAGGUCGGAGGCGGCUGCUCCGAUCUGGAGGCAAGUUCCGGGGAGGAGGAGCUAGACGACGAGCAACCAGAAGAGCCUGAAGAAAGAGAAGUCUCCCCCUCUCCUGCCCACAACCGCGCUGCACGGUCCCUCUCCUCCUCUACCUCAAGCCGCGAAUUGUCGGUAUCCCCACUCAACUCCCCCUGCCCCAAGCGCAGCCAACCAGUCUCGGCAGGCCGAUCCCAGCAGCGUCCCCCAGAUCCGGCACGCAUGCUCGCGCUAGCGCUCAUCAACUUGAAUCAAACGAACACCCCUCCCACAAGAGUGCAUCUUCUCUUGAGGGCGCCGAGGCGGUUUGAACAUCCUUCGUGGGAGCCUAGGCAGGCUCUGAGCAGGGCUCUAGAUAGAGGAUGUUUCGGGACCAGCGGGAUGUUCAAAGUCAAGAAAGCCCAGCCAGAGCGCGUAAAGGUCAUCACCACCCGUCCACCAACCACUCCGCCUCCAGUACCCAUUCCAACCCUCUCAGCGCUGAAUCAAGAAACGGAGGCAGAAGCAGACGAGCCCCUCUGGUUCGAAUGGACUGACAAGCUCCACGGGUUUAUGGAGAUUUGACUUCCCGUCUUCCUGCGUUCCGCGCCGCGAACAUUGGAACAUACAUUGACUACUUACAUGCCUUUUUUGCUUUUGAACAGCGGAGUUGUUUCCUUUUGUUUUUGUUACUGCAAUUGUGUAUCAGCCUGGCAAUUGUUUGUUCUUAUGAUUUGUUGCAUUUACAUUCCUCGACAGCAGCGCACCAGUCGGUUCCUCUCGAGAAGAACAAG